UAAUCUCGAAGGGGAAAAAAAAGAAGCAAAAGGUUAAUCGCUCAUGCGUCUCCAAUCAAAAUCAUCUGGCUCAGUCAACCAGUCAGUCGGCGCCGAGCACAGAUGUCAGUUGUGGUUGUGAAACGCGACGCAGGACACCCAGAAAGAACACCUCACCUCAGCUAGCAAAGAGAGCUAUCUCCGUCGCGGGUACCUUCUUCUGUCAACCACCACCACCAACCAACCACACAAACACCACCACCACCACCACCACCACCUCACAUCUCCAAACGCAUUCACGACACCACAAUGAAUGCAAUCCAGUCCGCUGUAGAUGGCUUCAUCGACUUCGAGGGUCAACGCCUCGCCGAGCUCCUGACCACCGUCCUACUAGUAGCAUCCGGUAUUGUCGCCUGGAUCGUCGGCUUUGUUCUCGGAGACCUCAAAUUCACCGUCUACGUCGGCCUCGCGGGUACGGCGUUGACGUUCCUCACCGUUGUGCCACCGUGGCCUUUCUACAACAAGCACCCUCAGCGCUGGUUGCCGGCGGGAACUACGGAGGUCGAGAAGAAGGCGAAAUAAAGAGCGGGCGCGAAUUUCUUUUUCUCUUUGCGCGCCGAGGAGCGACACAAUUCUUUGUACGCGCGCGAAAGGGACACAUAUCAUCAUGCCUGCAUAUCCCAUGUUACCCACAAAAUGCCGAUUGGGAGAGAAAAAAAAGAGCCGAAAAUCAAAAUUGGAGGAAAAUACUGUGAAUCCUUACCCCGAGUGUGGUCCAGUCCAGUCCAAUCAUCAAAUCCAACCGCAGUGCUGGCAAGGAAUCAUAUUUCUUUGCCGCGCCCCUGCCCUACAUACAUUAUGUAUUUGGGUACCUACGCGAG